AUGUCAAGUUUACUCGCUCGCGCCGUAAGGACAGGGAUCCGUAACCCUUUGUCUUCCCGCCUUCACCAGCCCAUGGCUGCCAUUCGCUUCCAGUCAACAGAGGCCAAAGCGGCAGCAACAGCAACGGAGGAAUACGACGUCGUUAUCGUCGGAGGAGGCAUUGCCGGAAGUGCCUUGGCAUGUGCCCUUGCGUCCAAUAAGGCUUCUAGCACAUUGAAGAUCGCGCUCAUUGAGGCCUUUGACCUCAGUAACCAUAUCAAGUGGUCCCCUCGUCCCGAUCAAUACUCCAACCGCGUUUCUUCCCUCACACCCAAAUCUGUCGCCUUCUUGAAAAAGAUUGGUGUCUGGUCGGAGCUAGAUUCGUCCCGUGUCGCCGCCUGUGAGGGGAUGCAGGUUUGGGAUGGUGUCAGUGGUGCCAGGAUUACAUUUGAUGCUGCCGAUGUGGACGGUAUCCAGUCUAGCUUCUUGCACCAGGUCUUUUCAGGAAACAUCCCAACGCCACCCGGCGUCAACAGCAGCACUAACCAGGAGAAUUUGGAUGGCAACAAGGAGGCUUCGCCCCUGGCAUGGAUGACAGAGAACUUGCAUGUCCAGUAUGGGCUGCAGAAGCAGCUUGUGGGUCACCAGGCUCGUGGAGUCAAGUUGGAUAUUUUUGAAAAGACCAAGGUGCAGGGAAUCACUACUGAGCAGGGCGAAUCUGCGCAGCCUCAGGGGGACUGGCCUGCUGUUCAAUUGGAUAACGGCAAGACCCUAGUGACGAGGCUCUUGGUUGGCGCGGACGGUGUCAAUUCUCCCGUCAGAUCGUUCGCCAAAAUUGAGUCUCUUGGAUGGGACUACUCGCAAUUCGGUCUAGUCGGUACCCUUCAGAUUGAUCCCUCGACUUCGACUGCACCUGGACAAGGCAAGGGAAUCGCCUGGCAGAGGUUCUUGCCCACCGGACCCAUCGCAAUGUUGCCUUUGAACAAUGGCUACGCAAGUUUAGUCUGGUCAACAACACCUAAGAUUGCUCAGGAUCUCAAAAAGUUGCCCGCUCGUGAUUUUUGCGCACUGGUCAACGCAGCCUUCAGCGCCAGCCCUGCGGAGCUUGAGUAUUUGUACAAAAACAUUGGACCCAAUGGCGAGCCUCUCGUUGACUUUCAGAAGGAGAUCGAAUGGAGGACGAGUGUUCAUGAUCAGGAGGCAUCUCAGACCAUGAUCCGUGGUGGCAGCAGCUCCCAGGGUGAUGCCAAACCCCCAAGAGUCGUUGACGUCCAGGAGAACAGCAGAGCCCCCUUCCCCUUGAGGAUGAGGAACUCGAGCAGCUAUGUCGAAGACCGCGUUGUCCUUGUCGGAGAUGCUGCCCACACCGUCCACCCUCUUGCUGGUCAGGGAUUGAACCAGGGUCUGGCUGAUGUUGAGUGCCUUGCCCGUGUCAUCGAAACAAGUCUCCUCAGCGGAUCCGACAUCGGAAACAUUCAUUCGUUGACUCCAUACUCGAGCGAGCGCUUCUUGCCAAACUUGGCCAUGUUGGGCACGGUCGACAAACUGUCAAAGCUGUACAACACAGAUUUCGGCCCUGUUGUCUGGGCUCGCUCUUUGGGACUCACUGCUGUUGACAAGAUGGGGCCUAUCAAGAACGAGAUCAUGCGAUUUGCGAUGGGUUUGGAGGAGCCUUCAAAACGGUCUUGA